AUGCAUCUGCUUCAAAGGUUCACAUCUAGCGUCAAAAGACUUAUGAACUAUCCAAGGGGAUUCAAACACACAAUGGAUACCGAAGAGGCAAAACUUAUCCUCGACAUCGAACACUCUGGACAGACAGUCAUGCAGCGGUACCGCACACUUAUCAAAAUCAAUCAUCCAGAUAGAGGUGGAAGCUCAUAUAUAGCAUCAAAAAUCAACCAAGCAAAAGACUUGCUAAUUGAGCAAACAUUAAGACAUCCAUGA